GGGAAGAGAUGCGCGAGAGGAGAGGAAACAGUCAAAGCUGUCAAACACAACUCCAGAGACCACAUAACUGUUGGGACGGAAGAAUGCCGCUGAUCACUCACUGACGAAUCUUUAGGAUCUUUAAAAAAACACAAACCAGCAUUUUUCAGUUAAACACACCGAGGAAGUCAUCCCGACAGUUACAUCGGACUUUACUCCACUUGGAUUUGGGCGCUUGUGCGUGGAGGUUACGGACUGGAUGCCAUGGAACCGGAGGUGAUGGAUCGAGAGGCAGACAAGGACGCAAGGAGGAAGAUUCAGUUUUCCGUGCCCUCCUCCAUUCCCCUUCAGCUGGACCCUCGACAGGUGGAGAUGAUUCGACGCCGGAGACCAACACCUGCAACUCUCUUCAGACUGACAGACCCACCAUCACCAGAGGAAGAGAGUGGUUCGCAUCAGUGGGUUCUGGGGGAAAACGGAGCUUUGAAAGCAAAACUGGUUCACAUGUCAGCUUACCAGCCGCCCUCACUCAAAGCUGUCCAAAAGAUGGCCCAGGCCCACUUGUCCUCCCUAGACAUGAAAUCUGUGGAUGGAGAGGAGCCCUCUUCUGGGGAAGAGGAAGAGCAACAGGAAGAGGAAGCGCAGCAGACAGCCUCUGCUACAACAGAUCCAAGAGAAGAAAGCAGAUCUUCAAGAGAUCCAUGUCAUCAGCUGGACAGUUCAGCAGCAAGGUCUGAACUCAGUCAUCGCCACGACGCCAAGGAUAAGACCACAGAGAGCAAAGAAGUACAGGGCAAAUGACAAAAGAAGAGGGCUCAAAUGGAUACAGAGUCAUUAAAUAACCGGCACAGCACAUGCAUGGACCGUGUAUGUGAGCACGAGUUUGCGUAGGGGUGUGUGUUUUUUAGGUCUGUACAUGUUUGUAUGCAUGCAACAAAAACUGAAUGUGGAAAAGAAAGCGAGAGGAAAAUAGACUGUGACCAAGAAUAUAAAUGAACAGGUGUGUGUGUGUUGUCGGGGGGGGGCGGUUAACUAGGGACUAAAUCCAUUUUAGUGUACCCAGGAAGUCACUGACAUAUUCCAGAGCACCCAACAGCACUCCAGAACUGCUGAAAGUCAAACUGGAAUUGGCACCAUUCCAAGGCAUAAUUUCAUGUCUGAAGAAACUUCUUCACCUUCACUUUCUGAGUGGAAGUGGAAGUCACUUUAGGAAAGAACCUCCAUUUGUUCUGAAAGAGUAUGGGCAUGUCAUAUUGUAGAUAUUUAAACAAACAAUAGUUAGGUAGUUUUUGUCUGUAGUAUUAAUGUGACACUGCUGUUACUUCAACAAGGUCUUGCAUACACAAAUAAAUAUUAUAGUUUAUUCAGUCAUUGCCCAGAAUACUCAAUCAGGUCCUGAAAUUCAGUUGGGCUGUAUCUCAGUAAGAGCUGUCAUUUUGGAUAUUUGCUUGCAAGGUUGAUGAAACAAAAAGAGGAUGGAUUACAGAUUAUUUGAGCACACUAGAUCAAGAUUAUACUCUAUCAGACUAAUGCAACUAAUCAUGAUAAUGUAGCUCUGCCUUUCUGUUCUAAAAUUAUGAACAUGCUUUUUGUAACAAACAUGAUCUGCUUGUGAUGACAUACAUAACGGAUGUUAACUGAAAAAUACUUAAUAUUUCAAAAUCCAAAUAAAUAAUGAGCGUGAACAUUCAUUUAUGACCCUGUAUAUAAAUGAUGUGUUAAAUAAAACAACUCAAAUAG